ACAACAGCAAGUUCAACAACAUGGACAACCGCAGGUUAUUACCCUUCAACAGCUGCAAAAUUUUGUACCCAUGUCGCAGCAGCAGCAUGAUCAACAGAGACCUCAAACUAUUUCAGUACAAACAUUACCCCAGCAAUUUUUACAAGGUGCUCAGUUGAUAAGUAAUCAGGCAGCUCUACAGCAGCAGCAACAACAGCAGCAACAUGGUCAACAAGUUCAAGGACAAGGUCAACAGCAGCCUCAGCAACAGCAAUUGAGUUACAGUGUAAUACCACAAAUGCAGACAGUCAAUAUUGAUGGCCAGGAUGCACUUUUUAUUCCGUCUUCACCGAUGACCUCCAUGGCUACUCACCAUCAGUCGUCACCGACAAUGCAAUUCACAACAGCUAGUGGGCAACAGGUCCAACUAGCAUCUUCUCAAGUUCAAUUGGCAAAUGGUCAAACAAUAAUUACACCCCAGCCUGUCAGCUUAAUCCGAGCACCUAAUGUUUUUCCAACUUCCAUUAUACAAAAUAUCGGAGGUCAAACAGUACAACUACCUACAGAUUCCAAGGCAACCGUGGAUGUUUCAGGACAAAGUGUUCAAGUGAGGCCGCUUCAAUUUCCACUUCAGCAUGUCCAACAAACUGUACCUGUUCAAAUACCUGUUACCACGAAUAAUGGACAAACGAUUUAUCAGACGGUACAUUUUCCAAUUCAAGCUCUGUCUAAUGUUUUUAAUAUGGGUCCACAGAUGAUGCCCCAAAUAACGCAGCAGAUUCCACAGAUGGCACAAAUAAUAACGCCCAAUGGUCAAAUUCAACAAGUUCAAAUAGCAAAUUUAUCCCAGCUUCAAAAUCUCCAAGGUCAGCAGGUUGCCGCGCAAGUUGCUCAACAAGUAGCUCAGCAGCAAGCUCAGCAACAAGUCGUACAGCAAGUCACUGCCCAGCAUCAAACCCAACAACAAGUUGUCCAACAACAGCAACAACAACAACAACAACAAGUAGCAGCAGCCCAAGCUCAAGCUCAAGCUCAGCAACAAGCACAGCACCAGCAAGUUCAACAAGUCGUUCAGCAGGUGAUGCAACAACAGCAACAACACCAACAAGCGCAACAACAAGCCCAACAGCAACAGCAGCAGCAAGUUCAGAAUCAACAGGCUGCUGCUUCAACACCAACGUCUAGCACCAGUUGGUCAACGUCCGUGUCGACUCCUGGCAAUGUUCAAGUAGUAGGUAUUGGCCAACUUGGAAGACCAAAUUCCAAUGUGAUAACAACAAAAGACGGCCAAAAAAUAGAACUGUCUACUCUGACAAGACCUGCUGACGGCAUUGAAAAUGAAUUAAAAUUAACGAGCUUAGAUGCAAGUCAAUUGGCUGCUGGUCAAGUUAUUCAUAUACCUGCCGCACAAGCUGGACAGCAGACAAUUCAACCUAUUACAAUAACAGGCGCGCAAGGCCAGCAACUUACUCUCAUAUCAGCUUCUGCGUUAACGAAUUUAGCUUCUCCCCAGGGAGGAAUGAUGCGAAGCAUAAACGUUGGAAAUGGAGGAUUAAUGCAAAUCCAAUCUGGUGGUGUUAAUACACCCAAUGGAUUUCUUCAAUCGAUACCUUUACAAAAUAUUCCCGGGCUGAGCAAUGUCCAAGUGAUCCCAGCAAGUGCUUUACAGCCUGCUACUGUCCAAACACUGCCAACCGGUGCUGGAGGUACUCCAAUUGUUACUGGACAAACAGUUCAUCUGGACUCCAGUGAUCCUACGAAAUGGCAAAUACUUCAAACAAUACAAACCAAUGGUACAAUAGCUCCAGCUACUCCAGCUCCACAACCGCAGCAGCAGCAGCAACAAAAUACCACGACAAUAAAUACCACGGGGGAAGGUGAGCCUAAGCAGCAUCGACGACGUGUUGCCUGUAAUUGUCCCAAUUGUAGUGACGGUGACAGGACACGUGAUAUAACGCAUAAGCGACAACAUAUUUGUCAUAUUGCGGGUUGUAAUAAAGUUUAUGGAAAGACGAGUCACUUGAGAGCUCAUCUGCGAUGGCAUACUGGAGAACGACCUUUUGUUUGUAGUUGGGUAUUCUGUGGGAAAAAAUUCACCAGAUCGGAUGAAUUGCAAAGGCAUAGAAGAACUCACACGGGUGAAAAAAGGUUCCAGUGUCCUGAGUGUACGAAGAAGUUUAUGCGUUCAGAUCAUCUAACGAAGCACAUAAAAACGCAUACUAAAAUACGAAGCACCGAAGCUGCUACAUCCACGCAAGAAGGCUCAUCAGAUAGUCAAUCUUCAAGCGAAGAUAAAAUUAUAAUAGCGCUUCACAAAGAGACUGACCAAGCGGAUAUUAUACUACCUGGAACUAUCGAGGGCUUGCAGAGUGAAACACCGACGCAUGUAACGAAUGAAUGA